AUGGAUAAGAACACUAGUUAUGUUAAUCUACUGUUUACUCAAUCUCAAUCUUCAGUUGACCUUGAUUCACCUGAACCUUUUUGGUUCGGUAGCCAAGGUCCUGAGGAGCCUGUUGCCGAGCCUGUUAUCGAGUCUGGUGUCGAGUCUGGUGGGAAGGAGAGGAGGAAAUGGUCUCUGAAGGAAGAUAAAAUACUUAUUGGUGCUUGGCUUAACACUAGUAAGGACGCGGUGGUGAGCAAUGAGCAGAAAUCUGGACAGUUCUGGAAGAGAAUUGUUGCUUACUACAACGCAAGUCCUCACCUCGUUGGGACAAAACCUAGAGAGCUUGGUCAGUGCAAGCAGAGGUGGGCUAGGAUUAACGAGCAAGUCUCCAAGUUCGUUGGGUGCUAUGAUGCGGCUCUGAGGGAGCAGAGAAGUGGUCAAAAUGAUGAUGGUGUGAUGAAAGCUGCACUAGACUACUUCUACAAUGAUCACAGUUACAAGUUCAGUCUGGAACAUGGAUGGAGGGAGCUGAGGCACGACCAGAAAUGGUGCUCAACCUAUCUGUCUAAUCACGGUGGUAAGGAGAAGCGCAAAUAA